AUGUUCAGACAGUCGAAGAAAAAACUAGCGUCAAGGCGUAACUUUGACUUCAACAGUUCCAGUGGUGAUGUUUCCAACCAAGUGAUAUUAAGUUCUACCGCAUCUACGACAGAGGAAGAGAAGAAGCUGUAUGAUGAGAUUUACGAGGGUAAAGUAUCGUUUUACGAGUUACCACCUCAAGGUGAGAUCACUUUACAUCAGUUUGAGACGUGGGCAAUUGAUAGGUUAAAGAUCUUACUAGAGAUCGAAUCGUGUAUCUCAAGAAAUAAAAGUUUGAAGGAAAUUGAGAGUAUUAUUAAGCCUCAAUUCCAGAAGUUGCUUCCAUUCAAUACCGAUAAUUUUGAAGACAGAAAAAAAGAUUACUAUUCGCAUUACAUAUUAAGAUUGUGUUUUUGUCGUUCCAAAGAACUUCGUGACAAGUUUGUUAGAUCAGAAGUACUAUUAUUUAAAAUCAGGUAUGAAAUGUUAACUACUGUUGACAAGAGCAAAUUUGUGAAAUCUUUAAACCUUCCACUUUUACGAUAUAUCUCUGAUGAAGAGAAAGCGAAAUUCUCAAAGGAACUCUAUAACACGAUUGCACCAUCGUUGCAAUUCCAAUUGAAUAUCACUGAUGAUCAGCAAAAGAGACAAUACCUUCAACAAGAGAAGUUCAUCAAAUUGCCAUUUGAAAAUGUUAUUGAUCUUGUGGGCAGUCGUCAAGUUUUUUUGAAAGAUGGAUACGCUUAUCUUCCUCAGUUCCAGCAAUUAAAUUUAUUAACCAGCGAAUUUUCAAAAAACUUGAUGGAGGAUUUAAUUAGGACGUAUCAAUAUCUACCUAGGUUGAAUGAAGAUGAUCGAUUAGUUCCGAUUUUACAACAUCUUUCAUCUGGUUAUACUAUUUCCGAUUUCAAAGGAGAUGAUUACACAUCGACUGAAAAUCAAAAUAAUGAUAUCAACAACAGAAGUGUUAAUACCGACGACAUUCAAAGACAUUUCCCACUAUGUGCGAAGAAUUUGAUGUACGGUUUAAAAGAACAUCACCAUUUAAGGUACAAUGGUCGUCAACAACUGAGUUUUUUCCUGAAAGGUAUUGGAUUAUCAUGUGAUGAAGCUAUGCAAUUUUGGACAGAGGCGUUUGCAGGACGUGUUUCGAUAGAUAAGUUCAAUAAAGAGUACAGAUAUAAUUUCAGACAUAAUUAUGGUCUAGAAGGUAACCGAAUCAACUACAAGCCAUGGGACUGUCGAACGAUCCUGUCUAAACCCAGACCGGCUAGGGGUGAAUACCAUGGAUGUCCAUACAGGGAUUGGAAUCCCGAUAGAUUAACCUCAGAACUGAAGAAGAUGGAUCUUUCGCAGCAACAAAUAGUGAGUGUAUUAGAUUUCUGCGCAAAGAAUGAGUAUACCAUAGCGUGCACAAAAGUGUUUGAAGCAUCGCAUAGCAGCAAUGACUCGGUGUCUGAUAGUGUUGAUGACAUGACACACAUAUCUCACCCAAAUUUAUAUUUCGAACGGUCCAGAAAAUGGCACGAGAAACGUGAAGGGAAGAGCGAGGUCAUUAAAUAG